CUCUAAUCCACUACCCGAAAGCCCAGUUCAUGAACGUUCAAAACCCAUCCUCCCAAAUUAGGGUUUAGGAACCGCGACUUAGAAACUUUGCCAUUUCUCUCUUUUCCCACCUCUCGACAUUCCUCUGCAACCAUCAUGCCGAAGCAGAUACAUGAGAUAAAGGACUUCCUUCUUACUGCCCGAAGGAAGGAUGCACGCUCUAUCAAGAUCAAAAGGAGCAAGGAUGUCGUCAAAUUUAAGGUUCGCUGCUCCAAGUAUCUGUACACUCUGUGUGUGUUUGACUCAGAGAAGGCUGACAAGUUGAAGCAGUCUCUUCCCCCAGGUCUCAGUGUCCAAGAUCUGUGAGCAAAUUGAGUUUCUGUUGGAGUUGCUGUUUUCAUAUAGUAGCUGCUAGCCAAUUGGUAUCAUCUGUUUUUGUUUCAAUUAAACGUUUGAACUUUGUUGAAUGCUUUGUUAAACCCCUUUUGAAUGAGCUUUUGUGAAAGAUAAGAUUUUGACUUUAAACAAAGCAUAUUACAUUGACUAUUAUAUUUAUAUCUACUACCAAUUUGGACGUA